GAGCCUCUCAGAAAUAUAGAUCUAACUGCUCAUCACAUUUUUCUUUGACCCUCUCAAACACAUCACCCAUGGGGGAUUUAUCAACAAACUCUAAUUCCAACAAUGCGGAAAACCAUCUAAAUCUCCCAAAAGCUCGAUUCAUGGAUGCCAUGGAUAUUGUCCAGUGGGAAGGCUUCUGGUUCAAACCCGGCCUUGUUCAACCCGCCAUGACCUUCAGAUCAAUCUUUCAAGCAGCGAACGACGACGUCAUCUUAACGUCGAACAUGAAAACGGGCACAACAUGGCUCAAAUCUCUCUGUCUCUGCAUCCUUAAAAACCCAAAUACUGACGCGGAUUAUGAUCUUUUAGUUAAGGAUAACCCUCAUUUCCAUGUCCCAACAAUUGAAAGCACAAUUUACGGCACAAAACCUCAUAUAGAUCUUUACAAAGUUCCUUCACCUAGGCUUCUUCACAGUCAUUUGCCCUACAUUGUCCUCCCAGAUUCAAUCAAGAACACAGACUGUAAAAUAGUUUACAUUGCCCGGAACCCUAAGGACACUUUAAUCUCCAUGUGGCACUUUUUCAAUUCCAUUUUACACCCUGAUCAAGACCCUUUUCCCUUAGAAAAUACAGUCGAUUGUUUCUUAUCUGGGGUUCAUCAGUACGGGCCCUUUUUCGACCACGUUUUACAGUACUGGUUGGAAAGCCAGAAGAAUCCGCAGAAAAUACUGUUCUUGAAGUAUGAAGAACUGAAAAGGGAUCCCAAGGGAGAGGUUAAGAAACUUGCUAAAUUUCUUGGGAAGCCAUUUGCAAGUGAAGAGGAAAUUGAUAAGGUUCUGUGGAGAUGCAGUUUGGAGAGGUUGAAGAAUUUGGAGGUGAACAAGAAUGGAUCUACUUUGUUCAAUGUGCAUAACAGUUUGUACUUCAGGAAAGGUGUUGUUGGGGAUUGGGAGAACUAUUUAACCCCUGAAAUGGAAGAGAAAAUCAACCAAACAAACCGCAUUAAGCUUGAAGAGUAUGGUCUGUUUCUGUAAAUUCAUAUGUCUAUAUAAUUACAUACAUGCAUAUAUAUUUGUGUGUACGUCUAUAAUAUGCUCGUUUGGAACGUAUUACAUGACACAACUGGAUUGUAUAAAGAAUAAGACGGCACUGCUAUCAAGCCUCCUAGAAAAAAUAUAGUUGCAUUCAGGGGCGGAUCCAGCCGUUUUGGGUUGUGGGGUGAAAAGUUUAAUACAUCGUAUCUUUUGCUAUGUUC